CUAAAAAUAACUCGUGAGGAGAGUUUGUAGUCAGGUCCAAUUUCGGGUUCUAGCUGAGCUAGCUGUAAGUUUGGCCACUACUAUAAAGCUGGAACAGUUGAAAAUCCAUGAUAAAUAUUUUCUGAGGACAUAAGCAGCAUGAAUGAGGAUAAAGAGGCAAAGCAUGGAGGACAUAAAAAUGGAAAGAAAGGAGGACUCUCUGGAAGUUCAUUUUUCACAUGGUUUAUGGUAAUUGCAUUGCUGGGCGUCUGGACUUCUGUUGCUGUCGUUUGGUUUGACCUUGUUGAUUAUGAAGAAGUUCUAGCCAAAGCAAAGGACUUCCGUUAUAACUUGUCAGAGGUACUUCAAGGGAAGCUGGGAAUCUAUGAUGCUGAUGGUGAUGGUGAUUUUGAUGUCGAUGAUGCCAAAGUUUUAUUAGGCCUGACCAAAGAUGGCAGUAAUGAAAAUAUUGAUUCUCUUGAGGAAGUCCUUAAUAUUUUAGCAGAGGAAAGCUCUGAUUGGUUUUAUGGCUUCCUCUCAUUUCUCUAUGAUGUAAUGACUCCUUUUGAAAUACUAGAAGAAGAAGAGAGCGAAACUGCAGGUGAUGUUGAUGGACUUAAGGAAAAAUCUGCCUCAGCAAAAUCAGUCUUACCUGGACAACCAGAGGACCACAUACAACCAGAAGAUCAGGCUACGGGAAAAUUAGAACACCAGAGUGUUGAAAAUGAAGUGGAAGAGGACAUUCAGUUUGUUCUUAAAGAAGCACUGCAGACACAACAUGAAAAUGACAAGGAAGAAGAGUCGGUUGAAGCAGUAGAAGAACAGCAAAUAGAAGAUGAUGAAGAAGAAAUUCCUAUGAGAAAUGAGUUAGAAGAUACACUUGAAGGCUUGGAAACAGAAGCACUUCAUGAAGAAACUGAAGAUACAUAUUAUCGGACAGAAGGGCCUGAGUCAGAUUCAAAUGAAUAUAAUAAGGAUGCGGAAGAGAUUGUGUACGAACAGGAAAAUCCAGAUUACCAAGAGAUUAUAGAACCAGGAGUCAAAGAUACAACACUGGAGUAUGUUACAGAAGACACAACGUACCAAGACAAUGAUGAACAAGUCUAUGAACCUCAAGAAAAUGAGAGAACAGAAGCUGUUUCAGAUAUUGCUGUAGAAGAUUUAAACAUAGGUUUAGAGGAAGGAAAUAUAUCCCCAGUAGAAGAGCAGCAUGAAAUACCAUCAGAAACAGUUGUGAAAACGAAUGACCCAGAAAAAGAAAAAGCUAAGAAAAAGAAACCCAAACUUUUAAACAAGUUUGACAAGACUAUUAAAUCCGAACUUGAUGCUGCAGAGAAACUACGGAAAAAGGGAAAAAUUGAGGAUGCUAUGAAUGCCUUUGAAGAACUCGUGCACAAGUACCCACAGAGUCCACGAGCUCGUUACGGGAAAGCUCAGUGUGAAGAUGAUUUGGCUGAGAAGAGGAGGAGCAACGAAGUACUCAAGAGAGCCAUCGAAACUUACCAGGAGGUAGCUGACCUGCCAAAUGUCCCUGCUGACCUGGUAAAACUCAGCCUGAAGCGGCAGUCAGACAGACAGCAAUUUUUAGGUCACAUGAGAGGCUCCUUGGUCACGCUUCAGAAAUUGGUUCACUUGUUUCCUAAUGAUACUUCUUUCAAGAAUGAUCUUGGAGUAGGUUAUCUCUUGAUUGGUGACAAUGACAAUGCUAAGAAGGUUUAUGAAGAGGUUCUGAAUGUGACUCCUAAUGAUGGCUUUGCGAAAGUGCAUUAUGGUUUUAUCCUGAAGGCCCAGAACAAGAUUGCUGAGAGCAUCCCUUAUCUGAAGGAAGGACUGGAAUCUGGUGACCCUGGCACUGAUGAUGGGCGUUUUUAUUUCCACUUGGGUGAUGCUUUGCAGAGAGUUGGGAACAAAGAGGCAUACAAAUGGUAUGAACUUGGACACAAGAGAGGUCAUUUUGCAUCUGUUUGGCAGCGUUCGCUUUACAACGUAAAUGGAAUUAAAGCCCAGCCUUGGUGGACUGCAAAAGAAACUGGUUAUACUGAGUUAGUGAAGACCUUAGAAAGAAACUGGAAAUUAAUUCGUGAUGAAGGCCUUGCUGUGCUAGAUAAAACCAAAGGUCUCUUCCUGCCUGAAGAUGAAAAUCUGAGAGAAAAGGGUGACUGGAGCCAGUUCACUCUAUGGCAGCAAGGAAGAAAAAAUGAAAAUGCUUGCAGAGGAGCUCCAAAAACCUGCGCUUUACUAGAAAAAUUUCCAGAGACGACAGGGUGCAGAAGAGGGCAGAUCAAAUAUUCUGUUAUGCACCCAGGCACUCAUGUCUGGCCUCACACAGGGCCUACAAACUGUAGGCUGAGGAUGCAUCUGGGCCUGGUGGUACCCAAGGAAGGCUGUAAGAUACGUUGUGCCCAGGAGACCAGGAACUGGGAAGAAGGGAAAGUGCUCAUCUUUGAUGACUCCUUUGAACAUGAGGUGUGGCAGGAUGCAGCUUCCCUGCGCCUAAUCUUUAUUGUGGAUGUGUGGCACCCGGAGCUGACCCCUCAGCAGAGGCGAAGUCUGCCUGCAAUUUAACACAUGUUGGAGGCUCGGAACACAAGUGAGGGAGGCUCUUAAUGUCUGUUUUAUCUGCAUGGAUAAUGUAGACAGAACCAUAAACGCUGAAGCUCCUAAUGCUUCUGCUUGAAAUGCAGCCUCAAAAAUGCUAGCCUGCUCAGGUUUAGAAGAUGCUGAAAGAAUGGUUUGUCUGCUCCAGCUCAUUUAGAAAUUGUCCUUUUCUGUUCCAUGCUGCUCUGAUGCCGACAUCAAAGUGAAAACAUGAGACCUUCUUACCAGCCAAAGAUAUUGCCCCUAGAAUAGGUUUGUCAAUGUGCGUUGAUAGGAAAUGUAGAUAAUGUGAAUGGAUGGUUAUCAUUUUGUAAUUUUUAAAUGUAAUUGUAUUUUUCUAUUAAGCCAGCCACAGAGCAUUUAUUUUUAUGAACCACUACAUUCUUUUCUUUCUUUCUUUCUUUCUUUCUUCUUUUUUUUUUUUUUUACAAGCUGUAUAAUGGCUUCACUUCCAGCUGUUUAGUAUUGUUAUCUUUGGGUACUCUAUAUCAAGAUGAGUUUUCCAAUUCCUUUUAGUAUAAAGAAACUGGUAUGAAAGAGAAAAUGCUAUUUUCCUACUGUGAUGGACAGGAAAAGGUAGAAAGCAAUACCUCUGUUCAAAAAAAAAAAACAUGAAAAUGACCUCCCUUUUUAUCAGUUUAUUUUUGUCUUCUUCCUGGAGGCCUGGUUUCUGACUAGUACCUUCUUUGUAUUGAUAAUAGAGAGAAACCAAGUUGGUUGUUUAUUUCUCUGCAGAAAAAUUUUGUCACUGAAAAAGCAUGUGUAAUAAUUUGAAAUUGACUCCUAUAAAGACCACAUAUAACUCAUAUAUUCCAAGAAUUAGGUUUAUUUUUUUAAGAAAUUUUUUUCAUAGUAAAACUUUCCAUCUCCUAAGAUUAGGAAGAUGCUUCGUAAGGAAAUGGAUCCAGGCCCUGUGGGUCUUGACACCUUUAGCAGUCAGGGUCCAAGCCUUCCCUUAUCUUUACACAGUAUUAAUCCAUAUAGAGGAUGAGUGAAUGCUCUCUUGGUACUUCAGAGGAUUUCUGCUGUAUUUUUCUUGGAUAAGUUUUUGAUAGAGUUAUUCAGGAUGACAGAAUGGAAAGGGUAAUGACUGCAAAUGGGAAAAUGCUAGGAUCUUUGUUGCACAUUGGGAUAUCAUAAGAAAUCCUUUCCUCUUUAAAACAGUUGGAAACACUCUUCCUAACUUUUUGCCUUAGAAUUGCUCCAUAAAUUGAAAAGCAAUGCCUUAAAAUAAGUAUCAAGCUUGCAUGGGUGAAUUUUUAAUAACACACAUUGCAAAGAAAUAACAUUUUAAAAAAUGAUCUCCAUAGAUAAUCAAAUAACCAGAUAAAGUUUUAAUGAAGUAAAAAUUUUGAUUUUUUUUCUAAAACCAAAUAAGAAUAAAAUGCACCCUUUGAAAAGUGUGCAGUGUAAUUUCUCUAAAAAUGUGAUGAUAAUCACGCACUGAAUGUUAUUUAAUGGGCCAAGAUGAACAAAAAUAUUUAUUAAAUGCCACAUUCAUGGCAUAUUUUUUUAAUAAACUUGAGUGCCUGGAGUCCUGGUGGAAAGUGAGCUGGAACACACAGCCUUUUUAUUCCAGGAAUUGACUGAGGCAACUCUUGGCUCAUUUUCUUUAAUUGUCUUCCAAUAUUGAAACUACUCGUAUUUCUUCUAUUUCAAGAGCACAGGUUAUACUGGAGGGGCACUGGGGAGUUUUGAUCCCUUUUCCUUGAAAGGAACCCCAACUAGAAUGCACAGGUUGACAAUACUGUAUGGGGAACUUACUUGGUGGUUCCUAUGUAGUUGCUUCCAUAUCUAAACCAGGUAUUUUGCAGCUUUUUUUUUUUUGGUGAAGGGGAGGUGAGGACAGCAUAUUACAGGUGUGGUAAACAGAAUCAAGAGAAACAGCACCUCCAAAAUAAUGACCAAUAUCAAGGGAAAAAAAACCAGGAAGAAAAAAGUCAUUUUUGUCCUUCAGUAUUUAUUUAAGAGGGGGAAGUGACUCAACAGUGAAGGACAGUACAAUCCAAUGCUCAUGUAAUAGUAACUAACAUUCGUGUCAAUUCUUGUUGAAUUUGGUUCCUGUUUGUAAAUCUAUUGCAUACAUGUACAGAAAAUUCAAAUGAGAAAAUGCACAUGGGAACGUUCAUCUUACAUUCAUGUCAUGAGAUUUGGAGAGAAACAGAUUUACAAGCUAACUCAUGUUAACUUAGGUCACUAGGGUAAGUUGAGUGUUUUAAAUCAGGUCACGAAAUCAGGACGUUGAGACUGCCAACUUAAUAGGCAGGUAUCUUUUCACUGUUUUAAAACAUAGCACUAAUUGGCUCCAAUGACAUUUUAAAAACUUGGAUCUAACAGUUGUCACAUAUAUAAAGCCAAGCAAUUAAAAUGACUCCCUGAUUUGCUUUUAUUUCUUCUUCAUCUUUCUAUAUAAUUGUAUAAAAAAAGUCAUUGGAUCACAGUACAGAUGAAGAUAUUUCAGCAUGUGAUUAGGAAUGGCUGCCCAAAAGUAACUGGUUUUAUUUACACACCUAUGCGUUGGCAGAGUGGCUGUAUUUUCAUUUCAUUUUCUACUUCAUCGAUUUUUUUUUGCAAAAAUAAAAAUAGUAACCGACAUUUUAUAGCGCUUUAUAAAGUUUCCAAAGCGCUUCACAUACAUUAUUUCAUUGGAGCCUCACAACAACCCUGCGAGGUAGGUACUGCAGGUGUAAAGCCCCAUUUUACAUGUGAGGAAACUGAGGCUCAGAAAGGUAAAUUGACUUGCCCAAGGUCACACAGCUAGUAAUUGUCAGAGGUGGUAAGAUUUGAACCCAGUUUUGAGGUUUUUACAAGAUUGGGCCAGAACACAUAAACAAUGUCCAUUUCUGUUAUUCUGUACCAGUAGCAAUGGCUGGUAUGCUACAAAUACAAACAUUAAUACUUAUGGAUGAUUUUUUUCUAGUAAAGAAGAAGAGUAGUAAACACUAAUUCCAAUCGGAAAUGACCAUGACCUAUUGAAUUAUGUCUUCCCUAUGAUUUGCUCAGCUUAGAAUGUUAGCCUUCCUAAAUGUUUCCAUUUAAAAUAUCUCUUCACUGCCCAUCAUUAACUGAACUAUCUUCUGUUUGACACAUGAUGCCACAUAAUGGUACAAAUAAAUAGAUGAAUGUCUUUAUGGAGCAGGUGGCUGAAGAGAAAAAGAUGCCUAAAAUUGUAAAAUUGAUUUAGGGAAGCAAACGCAUGGCACAAAAUCAUUUCUUACAGGUUUUCUUUUAUUUUAUCUCUCCAUCCAUUUCAGUGAAUGGAUAGGAUUGAUUUUUCAAAAACAAAUAAAGCAGUGAGCUGAUCUUUGGCAUUUCAGUCCUGCAUUUCUAUUCUGCUCCUUUUGUUUAGAGUACAUGCCCAUUUUUAGUCAUUCAUUCAUGUGAAGAAGUAUUCCUCCUCCAUUGAAUGUCUGCUUUCUCUAGCAACUACCAGAACUGCCCUCUGUCUGCAGCCUUUAACUGAUGGCAGGAGUGAAGGGGCUUAAAUGGUUCUGUAGCAUUUUCCUUAGCUGUCUUGACCUAAAUGAAACAAUAUGAACAGUUCCAUUAAUCACUUAAAAAAUUUUCCAGUGAGAUUCCCCUUUAUACAGAUACAGACUGAGCUGAUGGACUCUAGAACUGCCUAUGGAAAACCAUGUCAUGAGAAUGAAAUAAUUGUUUUCCCAAAUUGUGUGUGUCUUCUGCCCUCAUGAUGCAACAUGGUUUUAGAGAGGAUACAAAAGUUCAGAAAAGUGUUAGCCAAGUAUUAAAAUAAGUAAAGCAUAACUAGCCAGAGUUGUGUGAACAUGUUCUGAGGAUGAAUAAUUCAAUGCUGGUGGUGUGAUUAAAGAAAAAAAAUCAAUGAGAAUGAAAGUUAUUGCAGAUGCUAUUGUCUCAUGGCUUUGCACUAUACUGAAUCUGAAAAUUGUAUCUUUACAGUUUAAUUUGGACACAUGUUGUUUGGAAAAAACACUCACUUUUUCCCAGCAUGAUAUGUUGAGGAAAAAUGUCCACAAUGUUGUUUAUAUAUGUGAACAAGGAAUUAAUAAGUCCAACCCUUUUUAAUCCUUUUAAUACCACAAAUGUAAAAUAAAAAUUGGAAAAAAAUUGUUCCUGGUUUAAA